AUAAGGUUGUCAAGAGAAAAUGAAGGCGGUAGAGAGGACAAGCGAGGUUCAGAUAUCACGGCCUUUGCGGCGUGCAGCUGUUGCUUUGGAGCUGAAGCCGCGGCGUGCUGCUGUUGCUUUGGAGCUGAAUCCCUACGAUGAACGAAUACUGAUGCUUGCUUGGAAUGAACGUUGGCGCUUAGGCUCAGAGAUCAAGGCCUUUGCGGCGAAUAUGUAGCAAGCACCGCAGCUGGUGGGUGCUUUGGAGCUGAAUCUCUAUGAGUAACGAAUGUUGACGCAUGGGUUUGCCAACGGGUGAAGAGAGAAAUGGAGGGGUUUAUUGCGGAUAAACAGGACGGCUUGCAACCAAGAGAAACAGAGGUAGAGAAAGGGGGGCUGUUGACGACGUGUCGUGGAGGGCUCCAAAAUCCUAAUCAGGAAAGGGUAACGUUCAAGGUUCCUGCAGAAAGAAAGUCCUUGCUGGGCCUGGACAGACUUGCCCAAGCAAAACGCGGUUUAGACAAGCAGCAGCAGGGCCCCAGUUCCAAAGACAAGGGUGUGCGAGUUCUUCCCACUGCAGUUGACCGGCUAGCGGACUCAGAGUCGGAAACAGGUGUGGAUGAUGUUUGUGAUGACGGCGACGAUGUGGCGAGGAGACACUCGCUUAGCUCUCACAACCAGAGGAAAUAUCGAAGUCAACGACCUGAAACGCCUUCGCAUCCAGGCGUGCUCACUGAGGAAGCCUUGGCGGCAAUCGCAGAGAAGAGGCGGGAGCGCGAGCGAGAGGAGAGGCAUCGCUACCACAAGGACUUAGGCCACAGGUCAAAACAUGGGCAUGAUCGGAACAGAGACGGGAGAGAGAGAGAGAGAGAAAAACAUGGUUGGGGGGAUAGAGACAGGCAUGAAAGCGGAAAUCGGAAGGCUUACGCUUAUCGUGAAGACCGUGGAGAGGACGAGGGUGGGCGGAGGUCUAGAGAGAGAAGUGCAAUGGAUGAUCGAGGUCGGUUAGAUGAGGGCUCUCCUAGGAGUGGGCUGACAUCGGAGCGAGGCAGCAGCAUAGGAAGUACUAGGCGCCAUGAAUGGGAUGGUGGGAUGGGUAGAAGACAGAAGGAUAGGGUAGCAACGCCAAACUACUUCCCAUCGCCUGUCUUGUCACAUGGAGCACCGUCGCCAGCUGUUUCUGGAUUGUCGAUGCCUUUGGGUAGAGAUAUGUCAUCGGCAUGGGACUCCGCAUUUCCAUCUCCUAGUCCAAUCAGGGCAGAGGGUGGGGACGGGGAGUCGUCUGCCGGAUUCCAAAAGGGGCAACACCACCGUUUGGUGUUUUCGAGGAGCGACAGGGCAGGGUCGGAGAGGCGUAGUGUUGCAAGAGGUGCUUCUGAGUUGGACGCAGACGACCCUGAAGCAGAGGUGAGGCUGCGAGCAGAGCUGGAGGCGGAAGACCGGAGGGUGGAUCGAGCGUGGUAUGACAACGAAGAUGGUUGGAGUUCGGCUAUGGGAAUGGAAAGCUCAGUGUUUCUAGGAGACAGUGAGAGGUUCAAGAAAAGGGAGGCAGAGUUCACGAAGCGGUUGGUCAGGAAGGAUGGCACACGGAUGACCCUGGCACAGAGUAAGAAGUUGAGCCAGCUCAGCGCGGACAAUGCACAAUGGGAAGAUCGUCAGCUGUUGGCAAGUGGUGUCGUUCGAGGAGUGGAGCAGAGCAUGGAGUUUGAUGAUGAAGAAGAAUCGCGAGUCGUGCUGCUAGUACACGAUACAAAGCCUCCGUUUUUAGACGGGCGAGUUGUUUUCACAAAGCAGCAGGACCCUGUGAUGCCGGUCAAGGAUCCCACCAGCGACAUGGCUGUGAUAGCUCGCAAAGGAUCGGCGAUUAUGAGAGAGCUUCGAGAAAAGCGCGACCAGAACAAGAGCCGGCAACGCUUCUGGGAGUUGGCUGGGAGCAAGCUUGGCAACUUGCUCGGAGUGCAGAAGGAGGAAGAGCCUGAUCCCGACAAGGUGAAAGGCGAGGAAGGAGAGGUGGAUUUCAAAGAGAAUGCAAAGUUCGCAACACACAUGAAGCAGAAGUUGGAAGCAGCAAGCGAGUUUGCGAAGUCGAAAACGAUAUCGGAGCAGCGUCAGUUCUUGCCUAUUUUUAGUGUGAGGGAAGAUUUGCUCCAGGUGAUCAGGGAAAAUCAGGUUAUUGUUGUUGUAGGGGAGACAGGCUCAGGGAAGACAACUCAGAUGACCCAGUACCUUCACGAGGACGGGUACACAACUUACGGAAUGAUCGGCUGUACGCAGCCCCGGAGAGUGGCAGCAAUGUCGGUCGCCAACCGUGUAAGUGAGGAAAUGGGGUGCGAACUUGGCGACAAAGUCGGAUAUGCGAUCCGGUUUGAAGAUGUGACCGGCCCGAACACUGUGAUCAAGUAUAUGACUGAUGGCGUCCUUCUCCGCGAGACCCUUCGUGAACCGGAUCUCGAUCAGUAUAGUCUGAUCAUUAUGGACGAGGCGCAUGAGCGGUCCCUUCACACCGACGUCUUGUUCGGCAUUCUGAAAAAGGUUGUGGCAAGGCGCCGGGACUUCAAGCUGAUAGUGACGUCGGCCACGCUAAAUGCAGAGAAGUUCAGCCACUUCUUCGGAAGCGUUCCCAUCUUUCACAUUCCUGGAAGAACUUUCCCUGUGAAAAUCAUGUACAGCAAAAAUCCUUGCGAGGACUAUGUAGACGCCGCGGUGAAGCAAGCCAUGGCAAUCCAUUGCUCGUGUCCGGAAGGGGACAUCUUGAUAUUUAUGACCGGACAGGAAGACAUUGAGUGCACCUGCUUUGCGCUUCAGGAGCGAGUAGAUCAGUUGAAGGACACUGCGCCUCCUCUUGCAAUUCUUCCCAUUUAUUCUCAGCUUCCCGCCGACUUGCAGGCAAAGAUAUUCCAGAAAGCAGAGGGAGGAGCACGGAAAUGCAUUGUCGCAACGAACAUUGCGGAAACUUCGCUGACAGUUGAUGGAAUUCUCUAUGUUGUGGAUUCUGGUUAUAGCAAGAUCAAAGUCUACAACCCGCGCAUGGGCAUGGAUGUGUUGCAGGUGUUUCCUGUUAGCAGAGCGGCAGCAGACCAGCGAUGUGGCCGAGCAGGAAGAACGGGGCCCGGCACGUGUUAUCGGCUGUUCACAGAAAAUGCUUACAAGUAUGAGAUGCUGCCGAAUGCCGUUCCUGAGAUCCAGCGGACGAAUCUUGGCAAUGUCGUUCUUUUGCUCAAGUCCCUCAAUAUCGAGAACCUUCUCGACUUCGACUUUAUGGACCCUCCGCCGCAGGAAAACAUCCUCAACUCCAUGUAUCAGCUGUGGGUACUGGGAGCACUGGACAACACCGGAGGAUUGACGGGACUAGGUCGGAAGAUGGUCGAGUUUCCUCUCGAUCCGUCAUUAGCCAAGAUGCUGCUGAUGGGGGAGGAGUUGGGGUGCGCGAACGAGGUGCUGACAAUCGUGUCGAUGAUCAGCGUGCCUUCGGUGUUUUUUCGUCCCAAGGACCGAGCUGAGGAGAGCGAUGCAGCUCGCGAAAAGUUCUUUGUACCUGAGAGUGACCACUUGACGCUUCUCAAUGUUUAUCAGCAGUGGAAGACCAACAAUUACCGCGCGGACUGGUGCAACGACCACUUCCUUCACGUCAAGGGGCUCCGGAAGGCAAGAGAAGUGCGGUCACAGUUGCUCGACAUCAUGAAGCAGCAGAAAAUUCCGCUCACGUCUUGUGGCACGGAGUGGGAUAUCGUAAGGAAAGCGAUCUGUUCCGCGUAUUUCCACAACGCUGCACGCCUCAAGGGAGUUGGCGAGUACGUCAACAGCAGGACGGGCAUGCCUUGCCACCUCCAUCCCAGUAGUGCGCUUUUUGGCCUCGGGUACACACCCGAGUACAUAGUCUACCACGAGCUCAUCAUGACCACCAAGGAAUAUAUGCAGUGUGUGACGGCAGUGGAACCGCACUGGCUAGCAGAGCUUGGGCCCAUGUUUUUCAGCAUUAAGGAGUCGCAUACUAGCAGGCUAGAGCAGCGAAAAAAGGAGAGAGAAGAGAAGGUGCUCAUGGAGCAGGAAAUGGAAGAGGCAGUGAAACGGAAGCAGCAGCUUGAACAGGCUGAGGAGGAGAGAAAACGAGCUCGGCGCGCAAAAGAGCAAUCGCACAUAGUCACACCUGGGAGGGCAGAUCCGUCGGCUGUGUCUAGGCAUAGAACUCCGCGGCGUUUUGGAUUGUGAUUUGCAAUUGAGGUGGGGUAAUGAGUCUAGUAUGUUAUGCCUUCAUUUUGUAGAAGGGUGAAUAUAUGUCAGCAUUUGCGUG